AUGCGCCGCGCCGCCCCCGCAGCAUCCAAGGCCCAGGCGAAGGAUCGGCGCAUGGAUGACAGCUGCUCGGACUCGGACAUCCAGGGCCAGCCCGGGGGCGGGCCCAACGCUGGCGCGCGUGACGCCGAGCCGUGGGCCGUCGUGCCCGUGCCAGUCCAGGUGGGUGACGCCGUUGACAUGCACAGCCACCUGUACAAACCCUGCGAGUCCAUCGAGAUGAUAUUCCCCGGGCUGAAGGGGGUCGCGCUCCAGGAUGCCGUGUUCAACGUCUACACCGUCCCCGGCAAGCGCGGGAUCACUGUGCCUUGGUACGAUUCCAAUGGGGACAAGACCAUGGUCCCGCACAUCCAGAACGAGCGCAAACAAGAUCAGGUCGUGCAGGAGUACGCCGAGAAGGUCGCCGAGUUCGGGAACGUCCCAGGCGUGCGCGGGGAACCGUGGUGCACUCUCCACACGUCUGGCGAGUUCCCGCUGCAGAUGCUGACGUACGGCACGCUCACGCGGGCCUUCUACCUCGCCGUCGACAUGGAGCGCAAGGCCAACGAGUUCGAGGAUGUGCCAGGCCCGGACAAUGACUACAUCGUAAAUCCCUGCAUCAAGUUGAGCUUGCAGAAGGGGCUGCCGAAUGUCACUUGCUUCAACGCGGAGACUCCGCGCGACGUUGUUGACUGGCUAGUGAACUGGCAUAACCAUUGGCACUCAGGAUCAAGUUUUACGGUGAUCCAGCUGUUCGACUGGUGCAAAAAGCUCAACACUGACUUCAAGGCGACCAAGUUGACCGACACGCCGUACGCUUCUUUGUGGGAGCAUGCCUCCGCCAAGUACGCCACUACUGCGACACGCAGGUUCAGCAGCGAGAACGAGAUCAAGGCGUGCAAGGCAGCGUCUGCGCAAACGCAUCGCCGCCCACCGCCGUCGCCCCCCCCUCCCACUUACCUCGUCGCCGCCACCGCACUCUUGGGCACGCUGAAGCGCCACCAGCUGCUCACUUGGACCGUGGAGUUUCUGGGUAAGUACUGCAAGUUCACGGAAGAGCGCUUCUCCAACGCCGCAGUGGUGUUCAAUCUUCACGCCGUGUCGGUCGCAUUGUUCAGUUCCGAGGUCCGCAGCGGGUUGUCCAUGGAGCUCAUUGCGGAGAUCUGGAAGGUGGCGGUGGAAUUCAUAGUUCCGACAGCAGGGCUGCCCGGGCGGUCCAAGCCGUGGCUCUUCGAUGAAUCGCAGAUCGACAUGUGUAAGUGGCUCUCUGUGGACAUCGAGUGUGGCGUGUCAUACAGGAGAGCCAAGCAGCUCGCGGAGAAGACCCAGCUUGCCGCUGAAACUGCCAAGGUCGACGCCCAGAAGGCAGCCGUGAAUGCCGCCGAACUCGAGGCGCAGGGCGAGAAUCCACCGCCUGCCAAGAAGCCCAAGGUUGCCCCUGCUGGCAGGCCGCCAGUGGAGUCGCUCACAGACCUUGAGAUGCAGAAGAUCUGGGUGGUCGACGCCGCCCUGUGCCUCAUCUCGGCCAUGUCUGACGCCGAUCUCGACGACGAUGGGAAGUGGACGAUUUUCCGUUCGCUGAUGUCCAUGGGGCUGGAGUUCUGUUGGGCCAAGGUCGUCCAGCUUGGUCAGGUUAAGUACACGAAGUGGUCCGAGCUCAGAUGUAAGCUGCGCGACGUCGCUGCUUCCUCUGCGUACAAUCUCCAGCUUGGCAACUCGUCUACGACGACGGCGUCCGACGUGCUCGAGUGGGAUGCCGAAAAGGACGGGCAGAGCGCGCCCGAGCCUCAGCCAUCGGCCACAUGUGACGAGUCCACCGCCCUCAUGCGCCUGGAGUCCGCGAUCGCUGCAGCAGGCGCUGAGCUCGAUCGUUUCCUGAUGGCGAACAAGCUGACCGCGCCGGCCAAGCUGCACCCAGCGUACAGGUCCAUCAACAAGCGGAUGUUCGAUCUUCUUGGCGAGUCCCAGGGGCAGCUUCUCGCCGACAAGUCACGGUCGGAUGAUGCUGGUCCGUUCGUUGCGCACCUUCUCGGCCUGGUGAAAGAUAUCUUGAUGGCUGAGAUCUCGGAGGCCAUGCUUGGUAUCGGGCAGCUUGCCGUCAGGUACGUGCGCCAGACGUCUCAACUGCCCGGCGUGGUCAUGAAGUACUUCAAGGACACGCCCACGCUGAUCACGUUCGCGCGUCUCAGGGCAACGUACGCCAAGCUUCUCUUGACUGACGUCUUGGACGUGCAGGAGAUGUUCCACGAGGCCACAGGCAUGGGAGGUGCGGCCCAGGGGACUGCUCCCACUAUCAAGCUGGAGGUCUUGAAGGGCCGCCUUGAGAACUUGGACGGCCUGCGCGACGUGGACCCCGUCUUGCCCUACAGCGACUGGGCGUCGGUGUAUACAGAGUACCUGGUCGCUCUCUACAUCGGCGCCGACCCCGACACUACCUUGCGCGGGCUCGUGGAGUCGCGCAGGGUGCCCGGUACUCCCACGUCAUCUGUGCCGUCUCCGUCGGGCGAGUCGUCGCAGGCGCCGACGUUUCUGGCGCAGACGCAGCAGCAGCCGCAGUCCUUCCAUGUCGUGCAGCAGCAGAUGACCACCGAGCAGCCGCAGCACCCGCUGGCGAUGCUGCAGGGCGUGUACGCGUGCCGCCGGCGGUACAUGGACGAGCGGGCCAUGUCGCUCGCCGCCGGCAGCCCCGUCAACCUGGACACGGCGCGGCGGGGCGGAGCGGGCGCCACGAUCACCUUCGACAUGAGUCGCUUCCCGCCGGCGUGGUGGAUCAAGCAGUUCCUGAUGCUCGCGGAGGCGGAGCUCUACAGUAGGUCGUUCAGUGCCAGGGCGGUGGCGCCAUUCGGCAGCACGCGCAUGGGAUGGGCGGCGCCGGCGCCGGCGGCUAAGGCGAAGGCGAAGGCGAAGCCGAACUUGGCCAAGGAGCACGAGAAGCCAUCGAUGACCGUCGCCUUGGCCUCGGGCUUCUCGAUGUGCUUCUGCGGCCCCGUGACCUUGGCAAGGCCGCCCGCAGGCCGCUCCUUCCCAGUGGCCGCCAUCAAGGUCACUGCGCCUGACAGCCGGGACGACACCACCUUCGGAGUGUACUGCGUCGCCGACACGGUGGGCACCGUGAACAAUGAGUGCCCGUGCCCGGCGUGGCUUGUGCGCGUGGUGGACGACGACGAGCAGGCGACCCUCGAGACGAAGGCCCAGGUGGUGACCAUCGACCUGCCGCCCCACUUGGUGUUUGAGGGCAUGACGUCUUUCAAGCUGAAGCUCGUGCCGGUGCGCGCAUUCGUCGGCAGGGAGGUCCAGCUCACGCGCCACGAGAUCCCGACGGACCUCCCGCCCAAGCGCAAGGCGGCGCGCCACGCCAGCGCGGCGCCGGCUGACGCCUCGGCGCUGUUCGGCCCGACGGCCGCGGCAGCCUACAUGGCUGCGCACCCGUCGCGCCCGGGCUCGGCCACGACGCAGCAGCAGCCGGCGGCUGGGCGGAGCACGAAGAACAAGGACUGCAAGCACUUGUUCGAGUGA